AGACCGCGGCCGCGCCCGCCCCGCGCGCACCCGCCACACGGACACGGCGCGCUCGGGACCCGGCACGGGCAGCGGCUCCGCGCGGGCUCCGACAGACAGGCAGGCAGAUAGACAGGCAGACAGGCAGGCAGACAGAUAGACAGGCAGCGGCACCGCCACAGCGCAGACACAGAGCGCAGCGGCACCGCACGCAGCCCAGCGGCACCGCGCGCGGCUCAGCCACAGCGCAGCGCGGCAGCGCGAGGAGGACGAGCGGCGCACGGUGCUGCGAGCCCGGCCCGCGGCACUGCCCGGAGAUGUCGGGGGUGCUGGUGAUCGCUGCCUGGUGCUUCCUGCAAGUGGAGAGCCGGCAUCCUGAAAUCAUCACGAGUAACAGCAAUCAUGGCAAUUUCCUGGACAACGACAAAUGGCUGAGCACCGUUUCGCAGUACGAUAAAGACAAGUACUGGAACAAAUUCCGGGAUGAUGAUUAUUUCAGAAACUGGAAUCCAAACAAGCCGUUUGAUCAAGCCCUUGAUCCAUCCAAAGAUCCCUGCCUGAAGGUGAAGUGCAGCCCACACAAAGUGUGUGUCACCCACGACUACGAGACCGCGAUUUGCGUGAGCCGCAAGCAGCUGGUGCACAGCCUUCGACAAAAGAAGGGCAACUUGGCCCAGAAGCACUGGGCUGGAGCAGCCAACAUGGCAAAGUGCAAGCCCUGCCCUGGAGCCCAUCCCAGCGCGGUCUGCGGCUCCGACGGACACACCUACAGCAGCCAGUGCAAGAUGGAGUUCCAUGCCUGUACUUCUGGCAAAACCAUCACAGCUCGAUGUGAAGGGUCCUGCCCCUGCCUGCCAGGACCUGAAAGUUUAAAACACAAGACAGAGAAAACUGCUUGCACAGACAAGGAGCUGAGGAGCCUGGCGUCCAGGCUGAAGGACUGGUUCGGGGCCCUGCACGAGGAUGCCAACCGUGUCAUCAAACCCACGAGCUCCGAGACAGCACAAGGCAGAUUUGACACCAGCAUCCUACCAAUCUGUAAGGAUUCCUUGGGCUGGAUGUUCAACAAACUUGACAUGAACUAUGACCUGCUGCUGGAUCCCUCGGAGAUCAGUGCCAUUUAUCUGGAUAAGUACGAGCCCUGUGUCAAGCCACUCUUCAACUCCUGCGACUCCUUCAAGGACGGGAAGCUUUCCAACAACGAGUGGUGCUAUUGCUUCCAGAAGCCAGGCGGUCUUCCUUGCCAGAAUGAAAUGAAUAGAAUUCAAAAGCUAAGUAGAGGGAAGAGUCUGUUGGGUGCUUUCAUCCCCCGGUGCAAUGAAGAAGGUUAUUACAAAGCCACGCAGUGCCAUGGCAGCACGGGGCAGUGCUGGUGUGUUGAUAAGUAUGGCAAUGAGAUAGCUGGCUCCAGAAAGCAAGGCACAGUCAGCUGUGAAGAAGAGCAAGAAACCUCAGGGGAUUUUGGCAGUGGUGGAUCUGUUGUAUUGUUGGAUGAUUUGGAAGAGGAACCUGAAGCAACAAAAAAAGACAAAGAAGGGAAACUGAAGAUUCACGUAAGAGCAGCUAAUGAAGAUGAUGAAGAUGAAGAUGAUGAUAAGGAUGAUGAAAUUGGUUAUAUAUGGUAGUGCCCAUCAUGAUGAGGACUCACGUUUUGCACAAUAUUGCAACUCACAUCAUAUCUCUGCAAUUGUAUCUGAGAGUACCUGGCACAAAAAUUCCCUCUCUACUGAGUUUAAUUUUGUAUUGCCAAUUUAAUUUGGAUGACAACUUUUUUUCCAGCAAAGGACUGUUUGGAAUACAGUUUUGUUCAGUUGGUUUGGGGGAUUUUUGUUCUAUCCACAGGGGCAAUGAGUUUUGUUUCAAAACCAUUUUGUGUCUUAAUCCUCACUUGCACCACUUAUGAAAUCCAUCCUGUGAAAGAACCCUGGAAGGGGCUCAAAAAAAAACAAUACAAAGGCUUAGAAGCCCCUCUCAUGUCAGAGAAUUUGUGUCAUACAUUGUUACCUGGAUCAUAUCAGAAAAAGUUUUUCUUUCAUGAAGAAGGAAAAGUAGGUGCCUCAUUUUCCAGUCCAUAUUUAUAAUGUCCCAGUGAAGAGUAAGUCUCUUUGGACAGUGGCUGCCCAGUACCAGGGGUUAAUCCAGAAGAAAACCCACUGGCAGGACUUUCCCUUCCUUCCAUUCUCUGAGAAUGAGUCCAGCAGGCUUAGUCCAGCUCACACUGAAGGCAAAGCUCCCACCAGGGCACAAUCAGCUCACUGACACUCUUUCUUUGAUAAAGGAACAUGGCCUUUGUGAUCUUAAGAGAUGCUACAGCUGUCAUGGACCCAGCCCUGGAGGCAGGGGACAGAGUCCAUCUGACUUUCAGAGUGUUUAAGAGGAGAGUAUUUGGUGAAUUUGUAGCAUCAUAACCACCCCCAGAGCUGUUCCUCAGCUGCUGUCUGAGCUCAUUUCACCAGGAGGGUCCCUAACAACAUCACACAGGCAGCCUCUGCUCCCAGCUCACCUGGGACCUGUCUGCUCUCCCCUGAGCCCUCCUUCCAAAGCCACAAUGCUGCCCAAGACACCAACCCUCAAAAGGAACUGUCCCUUACUUCAUGUAAAGAUACCUGUUUAAAAAAAGCAGCUUUAGGUGGUGAUAUUUCAAAAGCAUAACCCCUUGGCUCAGUGUGGUGCUGCACACUUGUACACACUCCUAAAAGAGAAUAGAAUUAAAAUCCAAUCUGUGAUUCCCUCAAUACCUCCCAUCUAUUCAAAGCUCUUGUAUCAGAGCAUAUUUACAUUCCAUUAUUUGCAGUGUCCUUUCCCAUGGCAGUUCUCGGAUGCAGUAAUGUGCUGUGGUGAUCUUUUGUUAUUUUUGCUGUUUUGUGAAGCAGUAAGAGGAACCUUAACCCCACUCUUGCAUUAGGAUGCAGGUGUAAGUAUUUUAGCAGCGUCUGUGGUUGGCCAGUGAGUUAUUUUGCAGAAUGAAAAAUAUGGUUUUUACAACAAAAACUAAUUAGAAUUUUUUUUCUGAGUUAAUGGUGGAUAUAGAGGUGCAGACAGCAUUGAGUCACAACAUGGUUGUCUACAUAGGCUGUUGAAAGCUGGAAAAUACCACACAGAUUGGCAGAAGUCAGUUUUUAGGUACAUUGGCCCGGGGAUGUUGGCUCUCAGCCCUCUCCAAAGCCAGUGCCUGCCUGGCAGCCCUCUGGGUAGGACCUGUGCUUUCAGAUGUGAUCAGAAGUGGAAUUCCUUUCAGGUACCAUGUGCUGCAGGGCCUCUCCUGUUUUCUCCUCUUUUAUUUCCUAUUUAUCCAGAUUAAUGACCUGAGAACAAAGAGUAAGCCUGCAUAAUCAUUAUUAAUGCAGAAGGAUGUGUAAAACCAUGAGGAAUUUGUUGUUUCACGCCCCUGCAUCCUCCCAAAAAUCUGCCAUCACAGUCAUUUGCAAAAGGCCUGCAAUCUGCCCUGCCUCAAAUAAAUCCCUUUGGUUUUCCCAUAGAGUUAAAAAAUAUAUGUAAUAAUCAUUUUCCAUGAGCUGCACUACACACAGACACACACAUAUAUGCACAGUUUUUCUAUUUGCCUUUCACAGAAAUCUUACCAACUUGCAGGAGGAACAGAUAACCCAGCAUUUCUGUCUCCCUAAAUAUGAUGUUUUGAGAAUCAAUUGAACACCAUCAGUAGGUUCCUUCUCAAACAUCCUCUCUGGUUUUCCUCUGGUAUUUUCUUAAUUAACCCCACACUCUCUGGGUCUGGCUCUGCUGUCCUGUGCAAGACCUGCCUGAGGCACAGAGCUGCCAUUUCAUUCUGCCAUAAAUCUGAGCUCAGCAGAUUAUGCUUAUCCUCCUGACUGGGCUCAUCCUCCACACAGUGCUAGGAGGGUUUGGCAGUCCUGUGUCCCUCCACAGCAGCUUAUCCUGGGCUGUGCCUUACAUCAAAGGUCACAGAGCAAAUCCCUUCUCCUGCCCAGCACCUCCCCAGGGCAAAGCCUGGCACUCUGAGCCCUUGCAGGCAGUAAAAGGUCUGGGGAUGCAGGGGGCUGUGUCCUGUGCAAACAUGCAAGAUGGUUAAAUUAAAGCUGUCAAAUAAGCCUUUAAAAGUGAAUGUGAAGAUCUCUGAGUUUACAUGUGCAGAUGUGGCAGCACCACCCACUGGUGGUCUCCUGGCUGUGAUCUUCCACAUGCAAUGCUUCCAAAUCAGAGUUGGAAUUAUAAAUCAGACCUUUAUAUCUAACUGUAAACCAAUUUCUGUCUCCCAGACUCACCAGCUCAAACAUGGGGUGGCCGCAGUGAAAGAUCUCCAUGCCCAGCACAGCCUGGUGAAGGGUCAGGGGCCUUGGCUGGCUCGGGUGGCCCCUGGUAGCACAUUGUCCUGCACCCAGAAACACACACAGACACACACAGACUGUUGUAGGCAUGCUGGCCUGGAUGCAGGCACACCCCCCUCUCCAGGUGACCCUUCAGUCACCUCUUUGACUCGUGCAAGUGUUUUUCUGACUCCAGCCAGCAUGGGAAAUUGCCAUGUUAUGGGCUGGGGCAGCUGGGCAGGGCAGCCGUGCCCAGUCCCAGGGUCCAGCCAGGCAGGAGCAGGGCACACGUGCUGGGAAGGGCAGCUCAGACUCUGGAUUGCUUUGAGAGCAAGUUCCCAAAUCCUGCAAAGCUGUUUGACAGAGCCCUUUUGUGAUCCACUGGCAUCCCCCUGUGGUGGGGGACCUGCAGCCUGUAUGUGUACAUGUGUACAUCUCUGUGGGACUGUAUGUAUGCAUUUAUGCACAAAUGUGUGUGUGCAUGUGGGUGUGUGUGUGUCCAGUUUGGGGAGAUGCAUUAAGAAAAUCUUCUAUUUGAUGAAAUAGUGAUAAAGAAACCAGUGAUUCUACCAAGUACCAGUGCUCUUCCAGAUCAAGCCCCUUCCAUUCUUCAUGCUUUGUAAAGGAUUUAAUUUGCUUCCAACUUAAUUUAAUUCAAUUCCUUUCUUUUUCUCUUUCCUUUUUUUUUUUUACAAAGCAAGACUUACUUCCCAUCUGAAUCAAGUCAUUGACCUUCCAAACAUUUUCUCAUUGUAAAAAAUGGAAUAUGAGUUGUCCCACUAUUUUAGAGACACCAAAUGGAAUCAGAGUUGUCCCAUUCUUUUAGAAACACAAACCAAUUUUUAAUCUCAUUUUCUUUUCAUAUUACAGUCUAUGAGAUACUGUUAGACGUUGCUUUAUGUUCCUUUUAACUACUGUAGUUAAAUCAAAAUGUUGAGUUCAGAUUUCAGCACAGCUGGGUUUUUUGGGUCAUUACUGGCCUUUGCUGUGAACACAAAGAAUCCUCUUUAUUUUCUUUGCCUUUUUUUAAGCUAUUCUGUACUAUUAUUUUUAAUCAUUUGAACUGCUUAUUUAAUAUUUAUUCUACAGUUUAUAUUGAAGAUGUAAAGUUUAUAUUUAAAACAACACUGUUUGUUAGUGAAUGCUUCUCUUUGCCUCUCCAGCCUAGUCUGUUAGUCUCAGUGUACAUUUCUGGCAUGGGAAUAUUUUGAUAUUAGGAGUUUUGUAGCCUUUUCUCCCUCAAGCAGCAACUGAUGUAGAUCUAAGGUCACCACCAGACCCAGACCAGGGCGCUCGAGCUUCGCUUCCUGCAUUUGUUGGCUUCUCUGCAGUCCCUCCUGUGUGCCAUCCUUCACCCACAGACUGCUUUGUACAGUUACUACACAUCAAAAAGCCCUUUCUACAGUAGGUGGGUUUUGGUCUUUUUAUACUUUUCUCAAUGCUGUUGAUGUCUGUUACUGUUCAAUGUGUAGAUCUGUAAGGAGAGAUCCAAAUAUUACGUGUUUCAGUUCGAUGUCCCUACUGUAGAUGGAUGUAGACUAUCAUAGUAAGUAGAACUGCAUAGUAAAUUCUGAAUGCUUUUUCCAUAAGGAGUUAAGUGGAAUGUGAGCAUUUUGCUACCUUUGGUUAACUGUAAAUGCUUAACUGUAGUCUGAAAUAGUUGCAUUUUUGUCUGUCUCAAUAAAUUUUAAUUUGUCUGCGA